ACACAGAGCACAGCGCUCUCUCUUUCUCAGCUCACAGCUGCCAAGACUCAUAGAUUUUCAACAGUUAGACCAUUUGGGAAGCAGGAGCAGCAAAAAGAAAGGCCUAUAACAGGAUGGCCAACUUUGGGGGACAUGCCAUUCCUGGUUCCUUCUUCCUGCUGUAUGGACUGUGGUUGACAGUGAAGCACCUCCUCCAACUUCACUGGAGGAGGAGUCAACCCAAAGCGAGAAAUGAAAUGCCCCCUUUCUUAAAAAAAAUGGAGUACUUUGAGGGAGGACUCCAAAUCUUUGCAGCAUUUGUCGGUAUUAUGGUUGAGCAGUUUGUGGUGGACGGGCCCCACGCCCACCUCUAUGACAAGGAAAAUGAUUCCUGGGUCAAGCUGAUGAACUGGCAGCACAGCACCAUGUACCUGUUCUUCGGCAUCUCUGGUUUUGUGUGUGUCGUCAGCACCGCUUCCAAACUGCUGCCAGUCGGCGCUGACCGCUUUGCUCUCUCCGUGGCUCUCUUUGUGGAAGGGUUUCUGUUCUAUCACCACGUGGCCCAUCGCCCCCAUCUGGACGCCCACGUGCACACCCUGCUGCUGGUGCCUGUGUUCGCUGGGUCGGCUAGUACCAUGCUGGAGGUGUUCAAGAGAAACCACAUCAUUCUGGAGCUGUUCAAGGCCGGCAUGUUCAUCCUGCAGGGCUCAUGGUUCUACCAGAUUGGGUUCGUCCUCUACCCGUUACGUGGACCGGAGUGGAAACUGACCCUGUCUGACAACGUCAUGUUUGUCACAAUGUGCUUCUGCUGGCAUUUAGCUGCAGCCAUGUUUAUAGUUGCUGCCACCUCAGCUUUGGUUUGGUUCACAGUGAAACGAUGCUCAGCAAGGGGAAGAGACAUCGAGAUUGGAAUGAGAAAUGUAGGCUCCAAUUCAAGCUCCCAGAAAGCUCUGCUUGAGGAGUCGGAUGAAGAGUAA